AUGGUUAAGACUAGAGGAUUAGGUUGUGAUGUAGGUAGGGUUGUUGGAAGAGGUCUAGGGAAAGGGAAUGGUGAUGAUUCUGAUGGUGCUCCCCAGCGUCGAAGGCUGACCGCAUCAACACGCAGGCAACGGGUACCUGUCAUUGUUACCGAUGAUGUGGCUGCGGUACCUACGGACUCACCUGUAGUACCAGAGGCUGAGCCUGUUGUAGUUGGCGAUGAGUCGAUGGUAGAUGCUGGCACACAAGACACCGGUUCAGAGACUGACUCACAGGAUAUCGGUGCAGAGGAUGCUGCAGAUGAGGCUGAGGGAUUUCCUGGUGGACCCAGGGACCCAUCAAUGCUUACGGAGUAUGCUGAGCAUGUUGCAGCCAGCUUAUGGUCUGGAGAAGAACGUCUUGAGUUGAAGUUAUCCUCCCAUGGGAGGAAGGUGCAUAAAUUAGGCAUGCCUGUUCCUACAAUUGAAGAGAUGGUUGCUAGGACAAGAUUAAGUCAUCUGAUCGCGUGUUUAGUAGACACCGGCGAUCGGGGACUUAUAUUCUCGUUUGUCGAGAGGUGGCAUCGGGAGACGAGCACUUUCCAUCUUCCAGUAGGGGAAGUAUCCAUCACGUUGGACGACAUCACGUCUCUUUUUCAUCUGUCGAUCGUUGGCGACUUCCAUGCCUUCCAGCCUCUACACAUCAACGAGGCGAUGCUGAUGUUGGUUGAGUUACUGAUGGUCUCACCAGAGGUAGUCAUGGCCAAGACAAGUGCAACCCAUGUUCAUGUUGUGUUCUUAGACGCCCUACGUGACCUCACUCAGACUAGGAGGUAUGUAUGGGGAGCUGUUGGCCUCGUCCAUAUGUACAAUCGACUUAAUGAUGCUAGUAUCAGCAUCAGCCGACAGGUUGCUGUUGCAGAGUGCAAUGCUGAUCCGAACUACGACGAGGUGUCACCACGUGCGUGUCGGUGGAUUGCCACAAAGAAGAUUGUGAAGAAGAUAUCUACGGCGAUGUACAGGCAGCGCCUGGAUCAUCUCAGGAUUCCAAAUGUUUGCUGGAUGCCAUAUGCGGAGCACCGAUCGGUCCAGGAGUUUCAUCUGAUUUCAUGUUUCUCAGGACAACUCCGUUGGGGGCCUGUUGUUGUCAGAUACAGACCGAAGAGGGUUAUGCGUCAGUUCAGAUACGUCCAGUGCAUUCCUGCACACCCUGUCGAUUCAUGGGUGUCAUUUGAUGACGUAGACGAUAGGUGGACGCAUUACUCAGACCAUCUGGCGCCAGCAGGUGACAUAUGUGUUAUGCCACUUCAGUGUGCACCCGACUACAUCGACUAG